CGCCUCCCCUGACCUCCCGCCAUGGCCUCCCCGAGUCAAGGCGUUGGAGCGCGGUGUCCAGGGUCUCGGGGACCGUGGAAGGGGCUGGAGAGGAGGAGCAGGUGCCUCUGCCGCCCGCCCCGUCGUGUCUCCGGCGGGGUUCUGUCCGGGACUGCGGCUCCAGAAGAAUCGCGCUCCGCCUGCUAGUUGUGCAGGAGGGAAUCCGGGUGAGCUCGCCGACCUGCAGCCCCGGGGGCUCCCCGACCGUGCAAAGUCCGAGCUCGGGGUGCGGCCUGGAGGAGGGCGGGGCGCCGCUCGGUCCCGAGCUAAGCCUUGCAAGAGAAGGAUCGCGCCGGGAAGCGCGCGUGCACACGCCCUUCCGCCCCGGGUCCCUGCAGCGCGCUCCCUGCACCUCCCAGCCGAGCGGGGCGAGGGGUGGAGGACCAUGCCUCCCCGGAGACACCCCGACUUCGGGCUAACGUGCAGCACCAGCAUCGAGUGCAAGGCCAGGUUGGAGGUCAUGGUUCCUCCCGGCACCGCGAGUGAGCGGCUCGGCUGGGCUGAAAGGUGAUCGCCCACAGUCAGUACCAGAAGUCCCAGCGAAUCUCCAUCUUCCUGAGCAUGCAGGACGAAAUCGAGACCGACGAGAUCAUCAAGGACAUCUUCCGCCGCGGCAAGACCUGCUUUAUCCCCCGGUACCGGUUCCAGAGCAACCACAUGGACAUGGUGAGGUUGGCGUCGCCCGAGGAGAUCGCUUCGCUUCCCAAAACAUCCUGGAAUAUUCCUCAGCCCGGCGAGGACGAGGCGCGGGAGGACGCCUUGUCGACAGGCGGCCUGGACCUCAUCUUCAUGCCGGGACUCGGGUUCGACAAGCAAGGCCACCGUCUGGGCCGCGGCCGGGGCUACUACGACACCUUCCUGAGGCGCUGUGAGCAGCUCCAGCAGGCGAGGCCCUACACCGUGGCCUUGGCGUUCAAGGAGCAGAUCUGCGAUCAGGUCCCCGUGGACGAACACGACAUGAAGGUAGACGAAGUCCUCUACGAAGACACCCCCUGAGUCCCGCUGCCGCAGCCCGACACGUGGGGUGUGGGCCUGAGAGAGGGGCACACAGAAGAUGUGCCUGUCCCGUCCGGGGUCCGUUAAAAUUGCACACCACUGGGAAACGGGCUGCAUUGUUUUAUUAUAAUUACAAGAUACAUAACCCAAAAUCACCCUUAAAAAUUAAUAGAGCUGCCCUGGCCGGUUUGCCCUAGUGGAUAGUGCAUCGGCCUGCGGACUGAAGGGUC